AUGAGCAGCACUAAGGGGUCGAACGCGCUGAUCCAGCAACUCCUCAAGGCCGAGGAAGAGGCUGAAGCCAUCGUAAAGCGCGCCAAGGAGAACCGCGUUAAGCUGCUCAAUGAGGCCGUGUCUGCGGCAGAAAACGACCUCAAGCAGUUCAGUGAGACUGAGGAGAAGCGUCUGCUGGAACAGUACCAGAAGGAGGCUGCAAGUGAUGACCCUCAUCUCGAUGACCUGGAGAACAAGGCCAAUGAACUGAUCAAGGAAAAUGACGAGGCGCUACGGGAAUGCAAAUCCAAGCUAGUAAACGAACUAGCUGCCGCCGUUGUAGAUAUAGACGUCAGCGUACCUGAUUCGUUUAGGUACUUUGUCAAUCGGAGCUCGAACUGA